UGUGGGGAGGCGGUGAGGAACGGCCUAGGCUCAGGCUGCCUGAGAGAGCUGAUAAGGGGCCUCUGGGGCUCCCACAAACGGUUUGUUAUUGGGGGGGACUCCUUGCAGGGCACAAGCAUGGAGCUACUUUGGGGUCUACUGAAGAGAGGGCAGCAGUGGGCCCCGAGACCCUCGCAGACCAUCUAUAGGCGUGUGGAAGGCCCUGACCUGGGGCACUUGGAGGAGGAGGAGGAGGACUGGGAGGAAGGGGCCGAGCUGCCUGUCCAGUUCUGCCCCAUGGAACUCAAGGGCCCUGAGCCCUCAGACUCCAGUCCAGGGAGGUCGGCUCCCAUCCCCUGGGCUGCCGUGGGUAGAAAGGCUGCCCCCUAUCUGAUCCUGACCGCACUCCUGGUCUUCACUGGGGCCUUCCUCCUGGGCUACGUGGCCUUUCGAGGGUCCUGCCAGGCCUGCGGGGACUCCGUGUUGGUGGUCGGCGAGGAUGUCAACUCUGAGCUGGGCCUUGACUCCGGCCUGGGCACCUUGUACUGGAGUGACCUCCAGGCCAUGUUUCUUCGGUUCCUUGGGGAGGGGCGCCUGGAGGACACCAUCAGGCUGACCAGCCUCCGGGAACGCGUGGCGGGCUCGGUCAGGAUGGCCACUCUGGUCCAAGACAUCCUGGAUACUUUCUCGCGCCAGAAGCUGGACCACGUGUGGACUGACACGCACUAUGUGGGGCUUCAGUUCCCAGACCCGGCUCACCCUAACUCCCUGCACUGGGUGGAUGCAGCCGGGAGCGCCCAGGAGCAGCUGCCGCUGGAGGAUCCGGAGGUCUACUGUCCUUACAGCGCCACCGGCAACGCCACGGGCAAGCUGGUGUACGCCCACUACGGGCGGCAGGAGGAUCUGCAGGACCUGAGAGCCCAGGGCGUGGAGCUGGCCGGCAGCCUCCUGCUGGUGCGCGUUGGGAUUACCAGCUUCGCCCAGAAGGUAGCCAUCGCUCAGGACUUUGGGGCCCAAGGAGUGCUGGUGUACCCUGACCCAGCAGACUUCUCCCAGGACCCUCACAAGCCAGGCCUGUCCAGCCACCAGGCUGUGUAUGGACAUGUACACCUAGGAACUGGAGACCCUUACACGCCUGGCUUCCCUUCCUUCAAUCAAACCCAGUUCCCUCCAGUAGAAUCGUCAGGCCUUCCCAGAAUCCCCGCCCAGCCCAUCAGUGCAGACAUUGCUGACCACUUGCUCAGGAAACUCAAAGGCCCUGUGGCCCCCCAGGAAUGGAAAGGAAACCUCUCAAGCUCUCCUUAUCGCCUGGGGCCGGGGCCAGACCUGCGCCUUGUGGUCAACAACCACAGAGUUUCUACUCCCAUUAGCAACAUCUUCGCCUGCAUCGAGGGCUUUGCAGAGCCAGAUCACUAUGUUGUUAUCGGGGCCCAGAGGGACGCAUGGGGCCCAGGAGCAGCCAGGUCUGCAGUGGGGACUGCCAUCUUGCUGGAGCUGGUGCGGACCUUUUCCUCCAUGGUCAGCAAUGGGUUCAGACCUCGGAGAAGUCUCCUGUUCAUCAGCUGGGACGGAGGUGACUUUGGCAGCGUGGGAUCCAUGGAGUGGUUGGAGGGCUACCUCAGUGUGCUGCACCUCAAGGCGGUGGUGUACGUGAGCCUGGACAACGCAGUGUUGGGAGACGGCACAUUUCACGCCAAGACCAGCCCCCUCCUGAUCAGCCUCAUUGAGAACGUCCUGAAGCAGGUGGACUCCCCUAACCACAGCGGGCAGACGCUCUAUGAACACGUGGCGUCCACCAAUGCCAACUGGGACGCGGAAGUGGUUCGAGCCCUGCCCAUGGACAGCAGCGCGUAUUCCUUCACGGCCUUUGCGGGGGUCCCAGCCGUGGAGUUCUCCUUCACGGAGGGCGGUCGGGCGUACCCGUUCCUGCACACCAGGGAGGACACCUACGAGAACCUGCACAGGAUGCUGCGAGGCCGCCUGCCCGCCGUGGCCCAGGCGGUGGCUCAGCUCGCCGGCCAGCUCCUCCUGCGGCUGAGCCGCGACCACCUGCUGCCCCUGGACUUCGGCCGCUACGGGGACGUGGUGCUCAGGCACAUCGGCAGCUUCCACGAGUUCUCUGGGGACCUCAAGGCCCGCGGGCUGACCCUGCAGUGGGUGUACUCCGCGCGGGGGGACUACAUCCGGGCGGCGGAGAAGCUGCGGAAGGAGAUUUACAGCUCCGAGCAGAGCGACGAGCGUCUGAUGCGCAUGUACAACGUGCGCAUCAUGAGGGUGGAGUUCUACUUCCUGUCCCAGUAUGUGUCGCCGGCCGACUCCCCAUUCCGCCACAUCUUCCUGGGCCAAGGCGACCACACUUUGGAUGCCCUGCUGGACCACCUGCGGAUGCUGCGCUCCGAUGGCUCCAAGGCCAACUCCUCCGGGUUGGCACCAGGUUUGGGCUUCCAGGAGAGCCGCUUCCGGCGCCAGCUGGCGCUGCUCACGUGGACACUGCAGGGGGCGGCCAACGCGCUGAGCGGCGACGUCUGGAACAUCGACAAUAACUUUUGAGGCGCCAAGCCCUGCCCGAGCCCCACGUGAUUCUCCUGUUUGAGGGGUGCAGGCGGAAGGAGGGAGGUGGCGCCCCUCUCCUCGCUGCCCACUCUCAUUGCGGCCCUUGGUCCCGCAGGGCGGCCGAGCCUUACUUUCUCGGUGUGACCCCCCCGCACUGUCACUUCUCCCGAAGGCGGCUUUCUUCCCUUUACUGGCCCUUCUGCCUCCAGGAUCGAAGUCCUCCACAUCUACAGACUGCCUGGGCUGGGAUCGGGCCCUCUCUUCGCGGGUGGGUCUGUGGUGGGAGGUCCAAGGGGAUGAGACGCCAAUAAACCAAUGGGUAGCA